GCAGUGAGUUGUGGGACUGGACCGGUUGGGAUCUGCCCCUGUUUUCUCAUGAUAAGGGAGGCAGGGCAGUGCUUCUGGUCUGCAAACAGCUGAACACUUUGAGAGUGAGAAGAGUGAGAACUGACUAUACAGCAGUCUGAGAGAGAGAGGGAGGGAGAGAGAGCCUGAGGAACAACGGUGCAGCCAAGGAGACCACAGAAACACUCUUCCCCCAAAUCCCGACUCUGUGGAGUGAGAGGGGAGAAAGACGUGGCGCACACAGACAAAGGCAUUCUUGGCUUUCAGUUUAAAAGAAGAAGAAGAAAAUUACAAUACGCGGGGCACGAUCAUUUGUUCUGAGAUACAAAUUCAAGAAGAAAGGCGUGACAGCUGGCUGCAGGACUCAGUUUUACCAUUAGCGCAACAUCUCCUGACACGAAGUGAGGGAUUGUAGCGCAGCGCUGCAUGAAGGAUAAAUCCAUCCGGGAGAAGAGACCAUCAGAGACAGGAUGAGAGCGACUCUGCAGAUCAAGUGGCUGAUAGUUUUACUCGGCUGUCUGUGUCACAGCGUCUACGUAAAUACUGCUGCAGAGCCAAGCCUUCAAACACCUGCUAAUGUCACAAAUACUGGUGGCACAGAUGAGGAUAAAACUACAAUGACUACAGUCACAAAUGUGUCAGCAACAACAGCAGUCACAACUGUGUCAGCAACAACAGCAGUCACAACUGUGUCAGCAACAACAGCAGGAGAAAGUGUGACCGUCACUACCAGUCAGAAUAACAUCGACAAACAGAGCACAGCAGUGCAACCAACACAGACUACCCCAGUACCUACUCAGAACACAUCAACUGUCAAUGCAGUAGCAACAGGAAAAGGAGCAAGGCCCACAGCAAGUCUGACUUCUCGCACCAAUACUACUAUAGAGCCUACGACUGUGAUCAUCAGUUCAGCUUUGGCUGCUACACCCACUUCAGCCCCAGCAAACACAGUCGCUACCCCCAGCACCAGACCACUGCUGAACACUCAGCCUUCCACAGUAACGCCAUCGCCAUAUUCUCUGUCCAAUAAAACACCUGCACCAUAUAAUGUGUCAUCACAAAACGAGGAGCAACACAAGAGCACAAACAGCCCAACAGUAGCAGCAUCCAAGGCUCCAGCGUUGACCACUGUAACCGCGGGACAGCCGCUUUCCAGAGGUGGCAUCAAAAUCCCUGAAUCUACAACAGUACCUGGAAAGGCCGGAGCGACCACUCAGCUUGCAAACCCAGGGGUCUCCAGCACCUCCUCCAGCACCUCCUCCAGCACCUCCUCCAGCACCUCCUCCAGUGUGAAAAAAGGAGUUGAUACAGCAACUACAGAUUCAGCCAUGGAAGCCACCACGGCCACUAUCAAGACUCCAACAUCCACCCAGAAGUUUGUUUAUUCCCACAAAGGCAAAGUGGAGACCAAGGAAAAAGAUGGCGAGAAAAAUCUGAGGAAAGUGUGCAAGAGGCUGAUGGAGAGCAUGGAAAAUGGAACCUGCACUCUGAACUGGCUCGUCCAAAACGGAUCAGUGAAAAUCGAAUCUGUGGAGAUAAAUGGCAAAGUGAACGAAAGCCUUGCGCAGCAGUAUUAUGACGAGCUCACUCAGAAAGAACAGAUAAAGACAGAUAACAAAACCCUGAUCGCUAUCCUGGCCUCCUGUGGAGCCCUUCUCAUCAUGAUCGUCAUCCUUGGUGUCUGCGCCUCCCACCACCGCAAGCCUUACAAUGAGAACCAGCAACACCUAACAGAAGAGCUGCACACUGUGGAAAACGGUUACCAUGACAACCCCACGCUGGAAGUGAUGGAAGUGCAGCCCGAGAUGCUGGAGAAGAAGAUGGUGCUGAACGGGGAGUUCAAUGACAGCUGGAUGGUACCUUUGGACCACCUGUCGAAAGAGGACCACCCCGAAGAGGAGGACACCCACCUGUAAGGACAGGUGGGAGGGGGGCGCAACGCCACAAUAAAUCGAACUAUACCCACGCAUCUUAAACUCUUGUCUCUCGUGCCCUUGUAGCCAGGCAACACUUCCUCCAGAGCGGGUAACAGCGUGGCGUGUAGAAGCUGCUCGAUGCAGCAACAACUGUAAACUUCAUGAAACAUGUUUGAAAAAUGCACCAAAUCAAUCACUGUUGUGUUUAUACUGCACUUUUCUAUACGUGUGAACUUUUUCAUAUACGUUUUUACACAUAUUUCUGUGCCUGUUCCUUAUCGUACUAACAAAGAGGUUGCACACUGGCACCUGUGAAGUGUUUUUGAGUGUUUUCUUGCAUCUGACGAAGGAGCGGGCAAUAUUACAAACCAAUCACUUUGCAUUCGCUCCUGAGGAACAGAGGUCAUCUGCGCUGACCAUUCUAGAGUUACUAAUGUAGAAAUGUGAUCAGGGGACACUUUAAAGCCCCCGGUGAUUUAAAGAUAGAGGCUGUGCACUAACCUUACAGAAGAAAGGACAUGGCCACAGAGAUGCUGCUUAUACUGGGCGGACAAAGGACCGGUUUGAACCCAAAGUGCCUCAUACUGACUCUGUUGUGUAUGGAAAGCCAGAGGAGACCAAUUCCUGUCCUUUAAAGUCAUUCGGAUGCAAACAGGCAUCAUUUCUGUUCAUCUGAAAUCCUGUAAUUGGGUUUGCUUAGGAGAGCCAACAAGACAAACCCCACGUCUUUUUAUGUUAGCGUGUUUUAAGUUGUUACCCUGAAAUGUAAUUUCAUUCUUCAUGGUGACCUGCUCACGUUGUUCCCCUGUUGGACUGUACCAUGUCAUUAUUGCUGAUUGUGGUUGUUGUACAAUAAACAUAAGCUAUAAUCAUGCCAAACUACUUUUUAACGACACGUAAAGAACAUUUUACAUGCUGUUAGUUGCAGUAUUAGUUAGCAGAUGUGCACCCAUUCUCAGUCAGCUGAGCCAUGCUGUAAAUAGCUGCAUGCUCUUUGUUUGUGAGGCUGCAGGGAGUCGGGCUAAACCCUCACAGCAGAACCGCAUUUUAACACUUUCAUUUUGAAAUUCUCAUCGAUUCUCACCGAUAACUUCAGUUAAUAUAUAUUUGCUUUCACUUCAACCUAUAUUAUGUACAAGUGACUCAAUCACACUGGGCUCUGCAGUCCAGCCUGUAUGUUUG